UUUCGCAUGGCGGACGUGCAAAUGAACACUGUUAUUUGUUGGUGAUUAUUUCAAUUAUUCUCUCUUCAAGAAUCCCUAUGGAAAGGCAAAUUCUCCUGUUGCUCUUUCUUUGUGGACGUGCUUUAUUCAUUCCUUAACGUUAGAUGAUGGUAAAGUGUUAGUUAAUUAAAGCUUAUUUUGUGUGAACUGCAUUGGUAUUUCUCAAAAAUGGGAAAAUGUGACGAAGCUAAUGUCGAAGUUAAUAUGGGGGACUCGGCGUCCCCCAUGAAACCUGAUAAUUUUACAUUCACCGUCCCUCCUGAGGCUCCAGUGUUCGAGCCCACCGUCGAAGAGUUCCAGGACCCUCUGGCGUACAUCAGCAAAAUAAGACACAUCGCAGAAAAAUCGGGUAUUUGCAAGAUAAAACCCCCCGCACAUUGGCAGCCACCGUUUGCCGUGGAUGUUGACCGUUUGAGGUUCACUCCAAGGAUACAGAGAUUGAAUGAACUGGAGGCAAUUACAAGGGUGAAACUGAAUUUCCUGGAUCAAAUAAUAAAGUUUUGGGAGCUACAGGGCUCGGUGUUAAAGAUACCCACUGUGGAGAGGAAACCACUGGAUUUGUACGCACUACACAAGCUUGUAAAGGAGGCUGGUGGUUUCGAAGUAUGUUCAGCGGAACGGAAAUGGUCGAAGAUAGCGAGACGCAUGGGACACCCCCAGGGGAAAGGAGUCGGCUCCAUACUGAAGAAUCAUUACGAGAGAAUACUCUACCCGUACGACGUGUUCAAGAACAAUGGUGUACUCACCGAUAAUAAAGAAACUAAAAUAGAGGUGAAAAGCGAACAGACCCCAGAGAAGGUGGGCCGGCGGUCGAGCAGUAAGCCGCCCGCGACGCCCUCGCCGGCCCGCCGCUACAAGAGCGCGGAGCCCGAGCCGGCUGAGGGGUCACACACUGAGGGGGCUCUGCCCUCUGACACCAAGACCCCAGUCAAGGAGGAGCCUGGAGAGACUCGUAGAAGUCCCAGAGAGAACAAAUGGAUGUCGUCGGCGGGCAGCUGCGGGGCGCGCGCCCGGGUGCUCCGCUCCACCAAACUCAGGGAGCACCGUCUGAGCAACAUGACAGUGUCCGUCACACCGGCACCACCAGUUAUCAGUCCUGAUGACCCGCUACAACCGGCCUUUAAAAAAGAGCAGGAUUCGGCGCCGCUGCCGCGCCUACACGAUGACCCGCUGGCCAAGUACAUGUGUCACGUGUGCGGGCGCGGCGACGUGGAGGAGCAGAUGCUGCUGUGUGACGGCUGCGACGACUCCUACCACACCUUCUGCUUGGUGCCGCCGCUGGCUGACGUGCCCAAGGGAGACUGGAGAUGCCCCGUGUGUCUUGCUGAGGAGGUAUCUAAGCCAACUGAAGCGUUCGGUUUCGAACAAGCGAGCCGCGAGUACACCCUGCAACAAUUUGGAGAGAUGGCGGAUCAAUUCAAGUCAGAUUAUUUCAACAUGCCUGUACAUAUGGUACCAACGUCAGCUGUUGAACGUGAGUUCUGGAGAGUAGUUUCUUCCAUUGAUGAGGAUGUGACGGUCGAAUACGGAGCUGACCUUCACUCGAUGGACCAUGGUUCAGGUUUUCCAACAAAGUCAAGUGCACACCUGUAUCCCGGCGAGCAACAGUACGCGGAGUCCAGCUGGAAUCUAAACAAUCUGCCCGUGCUAGAGGGUUCCGUACUUGGACAUAUCAAUGCUGACAUAUCUGGAAUGAAGAUACCAUGGCUGUAUGUGGGCAUGUGCUUCGCUACAUUCUGCUGGCACAACGAGGACCACUGGAGCUACUCAAUCAACUAUUUGCACUGGGGCGAACCGAAAACUUGGUAUGGAGUCCCAAGCUCUAAGGCUGAACAGUUCGAGGCAACAAUGAAGGCUGAAGCUCCCGAGCUGUUCCAACUACAGCCGGAUCUACUACAUCAAUUGGUGACCAUCAUGAACCCAAAUGUUCUGAUGAAGGCCGGAGUUCCUGUUUACAGAUGCGAUCAAAAUGCUGGGGAGUUCGUUAUUACUUUUCCUCGUGCGUACCACGCUGGGUUUAACCAAGGAUACAACUUUGCUGAGGCUGUCAACUUUACACCUGCGGAUUGGCUAAAAAUGGGUCGCGAGUGCAUAUCCCACUACUCGACGCUGCGCCGCUACUGCGUGUUCUCGCACGACGAGCUCGUGUGCAAGAUGGCGUUGGAGGCGGAGUCGCUCACGUUGACGGUCGCGCUGGCAGCGUACCGCGAUAUGCGUACCAUGCUGCACGACGAACGCAAGCUGCGGAAGGCGCUGUUGGAUUGGGGUGUGACGGAAGCGGAGCGCGAGGCUUUCGAGCUGCUGCCGGACGAUGAGCGGCAGUGUCACGAGUGCAAGACGACGUGCUUCCUGUCGUGCGUGACGUGCGCGUGCACGCCGCACAUCGCGUGCCCGAGGCACUACAGCACGCUGUGCUCGUGCCCGCCGGCGCUGCAUAAACUGAGAUAUCGUUAUACACUGGACGAGCUGCCCGCCAUGUUGGAGAAGUUGAAACGCAAGUCGGAUCUGUUCCGCGAGUGGGCGGAGGCGGUGCAGAACGCACUGGAUCCGGACACGCCCAAAACGUGCGAUUUGGACGGACUGCGCGCGCAUCUCAAGCGGGCUCAUGAUCUCAAGAUGCACAAAACGGAGCUAGUCCGCGCAUUAGAGACCGCAAUCGAGGACGCGGAGAAGUGCGCGACAGUCAUCCAGCAACUGGACCUGAACAAGAUGCGCACGCGCACCCGCCACCACGACCCCAAGUACCGGCUGACGGUGCACGAGUUGACGCUCUUUGCGGCCGAGAUUGACGGCCUGGCGUGCGUGCUGCCUGAGGGCUCUGCUGUGAAAGAAGUUCUACGUCAGACUGAGGAAUUCGAAGAUCGGGCAACUGAUUUGUUGAACAAAGAUCUGGAUGAUACAGACUCAGCUUAUGUAAAGGAUUUGGAAGAGGUGUGCGACCUCGGCGGGCGUCUAUGCAUCGUGCUGCCGCAACUGGCGGCGCUGACGGCCCGUGCGGCGCAGGCGCGUUGGCUGUUAGACGCACGGGAUUCCCGCGCCGCUGCGCCGUCGCCCGCGCAAAUCGAGAAGUUAUUGCAAGACGCGACGACGCUCGUGCCCCACGCGCGGCUAGAGCCCGAGCGAGCUGCGCUGCAAAAGCUACGCUUGCAAAUAGAGGACUGGGAGGCUCGAGUGAAGGCGGUACUCAUCGAGCCCAACUCGGUCAAGCCGGAGCCGAGCGACGACGCCGAACCGCAGCACACGACGUUGGCAGAACUAGAGACGCUACUGGCCGAGGGAGACGAUAUCGACGCCACGUUGCCGUCGCAUCACGCGCUGCAUACGGCUAUAUCGCACGCCAAGGACUGGCUGUCUAAGGUGGAAGAGAUGCAGUCAAAGGAAUUAUACCCGUACAUGCACAGUGUAGAGGCGCUAGUGCGACGUGGCUCGCAGAUCCCGCUAGCCCUGUAUGAGAAGGACCAACUAGCUGCUGCGUUGCACUCAGCCCACGAGUGGAAACGUGGUGCCGCCGAGAUGUUCCUCAAGAAGAACUGGUCGUACUCUCUCCUGGAGGCGUUAUCCCCUCGCGCCGGCCCCGCCGAGGGUACCGGCCGGCGGCGCGGGCGCGGGGAGUGCUCUGCGGCCCUACUAGAACACUUUAGCGAGGACGCGUCGCCAACUGAGAUCGUUGCAGCAUUCAAGAACGCUGAACAGAAGGAGCUGGCUUAUGUGAAGGAGCUGAGAAUCCGCAACCUCCGCAAGGACGUGUGCGCGCCGCCGGCCGCCGGGCUGACGUUCUGCACGUGCCAGAAACGCCAAUACGGCGUUAUGUCGCAGUGCGAAAUAUGCAAGGACUGGUUCCAUGCGUCAUGCGUGGCUGGCGCCAAGGAGGAGCCUGACGGCGGGGAUUCCCCCGAGCGCACGGACCCGCCCCCCGAGCCCAAGUUCAUAUGCCCCGACUGCACGCGCACCAAGCGCCCGCGCCUGCACCGCAUACUCGCGCUGCUGGUGUGGCUUCAAAAGCUCCCCGUUCGUUUGGCGGAGGGUGAGGCGCUGCAGUGCGUGACGGAGCGCGCUAUGGCGUGGCAGGACGCGGCGCGUGCGCAGCUUUCGGCGUUGCCGCCGCGCGCGCUCGCUAAAGACUCGCAUGUCGCCAGAUCAUCGGCGAAUUUGGAACACGCUUACAGCGCUUCGCCGCGAUCUCCCAGUGCCCGAGUGACUCCGGGCCAACUGCAGAAACUAGAAGAUCUCAUGCUGGAAGGUGACCUUUUAGAGGUCCGGUUAGAAGAGCAAGCAGGCGUGUGGAGUGCAGUCUGCGCGGCGCGUGCGGCCGAGGGGCGUGGCGCGCGCGUGCUCGACGCCGGGCGACGCAAGCGCGCCCAACGCCAGCCGCGUCCGCACCGCCAACUUAAACGCACGCGCCCGCACGCCGCCGCCACCACCACCACGAAAACUAUCAAACGUGGUUCAAGUACAACCACGAAUUAUCUUAAUAGGAAACAGGGUCUAUCUUCUGGGUCCGGCUUGAUGAUGCGGAAACACUACAUGGCGCGGCAGGAGCGCCGCAAGCGAGGUCUGCCCACCACCAGAGGCAAACUAGCAAGACAUGCGCGACCAGUUGGUCAAGCACGAGCGGCUGCAACGCGAGCGGGCCCAAGCCGCCAGGAGUCGAGUUCCUCGUCAGAGUCUUCAGCCGAGGACGACGAGGAUUGCGCUGCGGAGUCGUGCCUUCGUCCCACAGGAAAAAUUUACUGGGUGCAAUGCGACGGCGGCUGCGAUCAGUGGUUCCACAUGCACUGCGUCGGCCUGAGUCACGGCGCGCUUCGCGAGGACGACGACUACGUGUGCGGCGCGUGCGCACAGCGCCGCUCCGCCGGCAAGCCCCGUCCCGCGCCCACGUCACGCCCCGCGCCCGCCUCCCGCCCCGGUCCCCUCGCGAACUGACUCACGUGAGUGUGCGGUGCUAUAAGUGUUGAAAGCCAGUCCCGUUUCUAGGGGAGGCCCCGCCCCAAACCAGCGCCCCGCCCCGCCAGUCGGGAACAAAGUGUCGUGCCACGCUGUGACGUCAUUUAUCCUGCGCCCGCGCAUUUUGUAGGCGUUCCCCGUUUGUUUGGUGAACCGAAGUCACAAUCUUCCGCUAUUUGCUUCGAAGCCGUAAGAUCUUGUAAAGCGCAAUUAAAAAUCAAAAGAAUGUACUCGAAUGCUGAAAUGACACAUGGUUUUUGUAAAUGAAUAAUCGAAUGUUUCGUACCUUUGUACUAGAUACAAUUUAUAAUUGAACAAAAUGUGGUAU